UUAUUUUCUUGUGUACUUCUAGAUAAUGGAUCAGAAAGAGUUCCGAGUCUUGAUUAAACAUUGCUAUUUAAUGAAAAAGAAUACCGCUCAAACUCAGAGAUGGCUUGAAGAGUGCUACGGUAAAUCUGCACCAUCAAAAACAACUAUUUGUCGAUGGUUUAGUGAAUUUAAAUGCGGGCGCACAAGCACUAACGAUGCUGCUAGGUCUGGACGUCCCCUUGAAGCAUCAACACCAGAAAAUAUUAAAAGAAUCCAUCGCAUUAUUUUGGAUGAUAGCAAAGUGAAGGUAAGGGAAAUAGCUGAUAUUAUUCAGAUAUCAACAGAACGUGUCAAAAAUAUUCUUCAUGAACAUUUGGAUAUGAAAAAAGUCUACGCCAAAUGGGUACCACGCUCAUUAACAAUCAAUCAAAAACAACAACGUGUGAAUGAUGCAGAACGCGGCUUGAAACUCUAUCGCCUUAAUGAGAAUGAUUUCUUGAAUCGAUUUGUCGCGAUAGGUGAAACGUGGAUUCAUUACCAUACAAACCAAAACAAUCGAGAAUCUACCGACGAAGUAGAAAGUAGCACAGCAAAGCAACCAAAAAAGCAACCAUCAACUGAAAAAAAGGUUUUGGUCAGCAUUUUCUGGAAUGCAGAUGGUAUCAUUUUUAUAGACUAUCUUGAAAGGAAAAAAACAAUUACGAAAGAAUAUUAUCCGGCAUUGCUGGAUCGCUUUAAUGAAAAACUGAAAGUAAGUAAUAAACGGCCACAAAUGGCAGGAAAAGCAGUCCUGUUCCAUCAAGAUAACUCCCCGCCCCAUAUAUCCAUUAAAGCAAUGGCUAAACUAAACGAGUUAAAGUAUGACUUACUCCACCAACCUCCAUAUUCACCAGAUUUAGAUCCAAGCGAUUACUAUUUAUUUCCUAUAUUAAAACGUUGGCUACGAGGAAAACGCUUUACCUCACUCGAGGAUAUAGAAUGUGAAACUGAUGCAUAUUUUGAUGCAGUUGACGGUUAUGCGAAAGGUAUCCGAAUGUUAGAAGACCGUUGGGAUAAGUGCAUCGCUCUUGAAGGAAACUAUAUUGAAGAGUAAAAUUGAGUUUAAAUUACACCGGAAAUUUUCAUCAAUCAAGGCUAUGUGCUUCACUAGGCCUCAAUAAGUUGAAGCGGAGAGUUAAUAUUUAACGCAAAUGCUCUAUAAAAAAAAAAACAAGAAUAAUAAUA